CGGUAAAGAUUAGGUGCGCACUUUGUACGGGAGCGCCAAAUUGAUCCCCACAAAAUAGCAUAUGGAUGUCUAAUUUGUCUCCUAAAUGUAACUGGAAAAAGUUUAUCCGUCAAAGUUUAUCAGCUAGUAGAAAGAGAGAAGCCGUACAAUGGAGAAACCAAAUAAGAGCAUGAAGAACAACAAGAACAAUGACACGAAAUCUUCAAAAUCAGCUAUAACACUCGAUCAGUUCGUGUCAAUCAUGAAUCCCUUGAUAGACUUGGAAAAGGAAGCUGAGAUUUCAGCUUCUUUGAGCUCCACCGAGACCAGAAGUUUGGAUGUUGCUCAAAAGAAGGGAUCCACUAUCCUCAACUUGAAGUGUGUAGAUGUACAGACAGGGUUGAUGGGCAAGACUAUUCUCGAGUUCAAGUCAAAUAAAGAAGAUGUUCUCCCCCCUCACAAGUUUGGCACCCAUGACGUUGUUGUUUUGAAGCCAAACAAGGCUGAUUUAGGUUCUCCUUCACUUGGACAAGGAGUAGUUUUCCGAAUCAAGGACUCAUCUAUUACAGUUGCUUUUGAUGAUAUUCCAGAAGAGGGAUUAAAUAGUCCCUUGCGUCUUGAGAAAGUGGCAAAUGAGGUCACAUAUCGACGGAUGAAAGACACGCUAAUACAGCUAAGCAAAGGUGUUCAGAAAGGCCCUGCUUCUGAUUUGGUACCUGUUUUGUUUGGAGAGAGAUCACCAACAGUUUCUAAGAAAGAUGCGCAGUUCACCCUCUUCAAUCGUAACCUUGAUCACUCCCAGAAAGAUGCCAUCUCUAAGGCGCUUUCGUCUAAGGAUGUAUUUUUGCUCCAUGGACCUCCUGGAACGGGGAAGACAACCACUGUUGUUGAGAUCAUCUUGCAAGAAGUGAAACGGGGAUCCAAAAUUCUUGCUUGUGCUGCUUCAAACAUUGCUGUUGAUAAUAUUGUCGAGCGGCUUGUUCCUCACAAGUGCUUAAUGUGUUUUGGUCAAACAACAACUUGGGGAUACUAACAUUAUAAUUGUAUUGCUGCGUGAUUCUCCAUUGUGACCAGAGUAAAGUUGGUGAGAGUCGGGCAUCCUGCUCGUUUGCUCCCUCAAGUGUUGGAUAGUGCUCUUGAUGCUCAGGUUCUCCGUGGUGAUAAUAGUUCACUUGCAAAUGACAUACGCAGGGAGAUGAAGGCUUUAAAUGGGAAGUUGUUAAAAGCUAAAGAUAAAAACACAAAGAGGGAGAUUAGGAGAGAGCUCAAGACUCUUUCCAAAGAAGAGCGUAAAAGGCAGCAGCUGGCAGUGACCGACGUGAUAAAAAAUGCUGAUGUGGUGCUAACAACCUUGACUGGCGCAUUGACACACAAGUUGGGAAGCACUUCGUUUGAUUUAGUUAUAAUUGAUGAAGCUGCUCAGGCACUUGAAAUAGCAUGCUGGAUUGCUCUGCUUAAGGGUUCAAGGUGUAUAUUAGCUGGAGAUCACCUCCAGCUUCCCCCAACCAUUCAAAGUGUUGAGGCAGAGAAGAAAGGAUUAGGAAGAACAUUGUUUGAACGUAUUGCAGACUUGUAUGGUGGUGAUGUCAUGUCUAUGCUCACUGUCCAGUAUCGUAUGCAUGAACUGAUAAUGAACUGGUCAUCGAAAGAGCUUUAUGAUAGUAAGAUUGAAGCACAUGCAAGUGUUGCUCAACAUAUGCUGUAUGACCUUGAGGGUGUGAAGAUGUCAAGUUCUAGCGAGCCGACCCUAGUUCUCAUAGACAUAGCUGGUUGUGAUAUGGAAGAGAAAAAAGAUGAGGAAGAUAGCACAUUGAAUGAGGGUGAAGCUGAGGUUGCCAUUACCCAUGCGAAGAGGCUUGUUCAAACUGGAGUCCGAGCUUCUGAUAUUGGAGUAAUCACCCCUUAUGCAGCACAGGUUGUGCUUUUGAGAGUCUUGAGAAGCAAAGAAGAUGUACUCAAAGAUAUGGAGAUCUCAACCGUUGAUGGUUUCCAAGGUCGAGAGAAAGAAGCUAUCAUCAUUUCAAUGGUGCGGUCAAACUCAAGGCAAGAGGUUGGGUUCUUGAGUGACCGGAGGAGAAUGAAUGUUGCCGUGACACGAGCAAGAAGACAGUGUUGUAUAGUCUGCGACACUGAGACAGUCAGCAGUGAUAAGUUUUUGAAGCGUUUGGUUGAGUACUUUGAGGAGCAUGGUGAAUAUUUAAGUGCUUCAGAAUACGCAAACGAAUGAGACAUUUAUUUGCAAAUUUUACCAUGUUUUCAAACCGAGUUGUUUCAUUAUAAGUAGUCCAUUUUCUAGUUAUGAUCAAUGUCGAUGUUGAUUUAUUAUCAAUUCCAUAGUUACUCAUAUGAGACAUUUUGUUUCAAAUGUUAAGUGAAUUGAUGAUUUCUGAUUCAUUUGGCACAAGAGUUUAUAAUAAUAUGGUUCACUCCAUGGUGG